AUUCCACUGACGGGAUACAUUAUUUUUGUACUGAACCCUGGAGCCGAGUCUGCAGCCUUCUCCCUCCCACUGCCUCCCUCGAUUCAAUAUACAGAGCCUUAUCGCCUGCAUUUCACCAAAACUCACAAGAAACAUUUGACAUUUGGUAAGGGCUCGGUGUUCGUGCAUCCGUUUAGCAAUAACGUGCGGUGUUCCCGAGAUUUAAAUGAUCUGAAGACUUCGUACAGGCGAUCCGGAACAGUUUGGAUUUUACGGCCCACAAUGUCUUCGCUGUCUUUACCUUUCUAUCAGAAAUACCACCGGCACUAUGACCGCGGUUAUCGCAAUACACAGCUGUCCUCCACUAUGCAAGAGUACCGCCAAGAGGAAAAGCGCAGUACUGCAGCUCAUACCCACAGAGUAAGAUCCAAGUUUUCAGAUGAAAUGUUAGAAACCUCUUCUGGAAGCCCUCAAAUGAAGAGAGCGAAGCAGGACUACUACUCUAAGGGGAAAGAAAAUGAAGCUGUUGAUUAUAUAGUGCCUGUCUUCAGAGGACGCCAUGAACGCGCCAGUGAGAUUACCAGCUCAAAAGAUGAGAGAACUAAACAAUCUAAAUCAAGUCAUUUUGCUGGAGAAUUUCAUUAUGCUCAAAGUAAUAUUACUGAAGAACAUAAUAUCGAGAGGUCUGCCAUGGACAAGUCAAGGAAAGUUGCCAUCCGGGAAUCUGCAGAACGCAUUUCACUGAAUAAACAGAUUUAUGACACACAAGAUUUUCAGAAAAGACUGAGAGAGGACAGCUUGCUUCGCUUGCCUGAGUUUAUAAUCAAGCCAAGGUCCCACACUGUCUGGGAGAAACAGAGUGUGAAGUUGCACUGCACCGUCUCAGGCUGGCCUGUACCUCGAGUUACAUGGUACAAGAACAAUGUGACCAUCAAUGUCCACACUGAUCCUGGGAAAUACAUCAUCGACAGUAAAUAUGGUGUUCAUUCCUUGGAAAUUAACAAUUGCGACUUUGAUGACACUGCUCAGUAUCGUGCCUCAGCCAUGAAUGCAAAAGGAGAAAUUUCAGCUUUUGCAUCAAUUGUUGUGAAAAGAUUCAAGGCGGAGCAUGGUGAUCUCUCAUUCCACCCUGGAAGAAUUGCACCUCCUUCAUAUGACUAUUUCCCUGGUGAUCCUCAUAUGAAGUUUGAAGUGCACUUUGUUGAUAAGUUCGAUGUGUCAUUUGGGAAGGAAGGUGACACAAUGAGUUUGGGUUGCACUGUCAUCGUUCACCCUAACCUGAAGCGAUUCCAACCUGAGAUCCAGUGGUGGCGCAAUGGAGUUCAGUUACAGCCAUCUAAGUGGGUUGAGAUGCACUGGAGCGGUGAAACUGCUACGUUGACUUUUAAUCACCUAAAUAAGGAGGAUGAGGGAUUGUACACUAUUCGUGUGUUGACAAAAUCUGGCUAUGAACUUCAUAGCGCAUACGUGUUUGUCAGAGAUGCUGACGCAGAGGUUGCAGGUGCCCCAGGAGCUCCUCUGGAUGUUUAUUGUUUAGAUGCCAAUAAAGAUUAUGUCAUUGUAACCUGGAAACAACCAGCAAUUGAUGGUGGAAGCUCCAUUCUUGGUUAUUUUGUUGACAGAUGUGAAGUAGGAACCAAUCAUUGGGUUCAGUGUAAUGAUACCCCAGUGAAGUUUGCCCGCUUUCCUGUCACUGGGUUGGUGGAAGGUCGUUCCUACAUCUUCCGCGUGCGUGCUGUCAAUAAUGUUGGAAUUAGCAGGCCAUCCCGUGUAUCUGAACCUGUUGCAGCCUUGGAUCCUUCUGAUAGAGCACGGUUGAAGGGAAUCCCAUUAGCCCCAUGGACAGGACAAAUUAUUGUAACAGAAGAAGAACCAACAGAGGGUGUAGUGCCUGGACAACCUACAGAAGUUGCUGUGACUGAGGCCACAAGGAAUUAUGUGGUCCUCAGCUGGAAGCCUCCUGGUCAACGUGGCCAUGAAGGAAUCAUGUAUUAUGUUGAAAAGUGUGUUGCAGGCACCGAGGACUGGCAAAGGGUUAACCCAGAGAUCCCUGUGAAGUCUCCACGAUUUGCAUUGUUUGAUCUGGUUGAGGGUAAAUCGUAUCGUUUCCGCGUCCGUUCUGCUAAUUCUGCUGGCAUUGGUGAGCCUUCUGAGCCAACAGAAUUUACUGAAGUCACAGACAAACUUGAUGUUCCAAAAGCUCCAAGUCAUGUUGUGCCUUCAAGAAACACAGACACUUCUGUAGUUGUCACUUGGGAAGAGUCAAAAGAUGCAAAGGAAUUAGUUGGGUACUACAUUGAAGCAAGCAUCAGUGGAUCUGGAAAAUGGGAACCAUGCAACAACAAACCAGUGAAAGGCAAAAGAUUUAUUUGUCAUGGGCUACAAAAUGGACAGUUAUACAAGUUUCGAGUUAGGGCUGUAAAUGCAGCCGGGCUUAGUCAAUUCUCACAUGAGUCUGAGGCUUUGGAAGUCAAAGCUGCUUUAGGAGGAGGAGUGCCUCAUGCUCCUCCUACACCACCUUAUGCAAUUACAGUUCUUGAAAGUGUCCGUGACUCUAUGGUGUUGGGAUGGAAACAGCCUAAAUUCCAAGGUGGUUCUGAUAUUACCGGCUAUUUUGUGGAUUAUCGUGAAGUUAUUGAUGGUAUUCCUGGAAAAUGGAAAGAAGCCAAUAUCAAAGCUUUAACUGAGCGGGCAUAUAGAAUCCAUGACCUGAAGGAAAAUAUGGUGUAUCAGUUCCAAGUCCGUGCAAUAAACAUGGCAGGUGUUGGUCUCCCAUCUCCACCGAGUGAGAAAUUUAAGUGUGAAGAAUGGACUAUUGCUGUUCCAGGACCACCUCAUGAUGUCAUGUACACUGAGGUCAGAAAGAACUCACUCGUACUGCUCUGGAAAGCUCCAGUCUAUAUUGGCCGCAGCGAGGUGACUGGGUACUAUGCUGACAUACGGGAGGCAGAUGCAGAUGAUGAAAAGUGGAGAAGUGUCAAUGAAAAGGAAACAUCAAACAGAUACAUCAAGGUACAAGGUCUGAAAGAAGGCAUGAGCUAUGUUUUCCGUGUGCGGGCGGUGAACAGGGCAGGAGUGGGAAAGCCAUCUGAUUUAACAGAGCCAGUCACUGCAGAAACACCUCCAGGCACUAAAGAGAUUGCUGUCAAUGUGGAUGAUGAUGGAGUUAUUUCUCUAACCUUUGAAUGUGCUGACAUGGCUGAAGGUUCAAAGUUCAUUUGGUCUAAAAAUUAUGAAGACCUCGUUGACUCAUCAAGAGUCACAGUGGAGACCAAAGGUGGAAAGACAAAAAUAAUUUUCAAUGACCCAGGGAAGGAUGACUUGGGUAUCUAUUCCUGUGUUGUCACUGAAACUGAUGGAGUUUCUUCCAGCUAUGCCAUAGAUGAAGCAGAGCUGCUGCAUCUGCUUGAACUUAGCCAUGAACGUAAAUUCCCGGUUGUGCCUCUGAAGUCAGAGCUGGCAGUUGAGCUGCUGGAGAAGGGACAAGUGCGUUUCUGGUUGGAGGCUGAACGUCUCUCUCCAAAUGGACAAUGUAAAUUUGUAUUUAAUGACAAGGAGGUGAAAAAUGAUGAGAAACAUAAAAUAAAGGUGGAUCAUAAAACUGGUUUAGUGGAAAUGAUAAUGGAGAAAUUAGAAGAUACAAAUGAAGGCACUUAUACUGUACAGCUCCAGGAUGGUAAAGCAAGCAAUCAAUCUAGUCUUGUUUUAAUUGGAGAUGUGUUUAAGAAUCUGCAAAAGGAAGCAGAAUUCCAGAGAGGGGAGUGGCUUAGGAAACAAGGUCCUCAUUUUGUUGAGUAUCUUGGAUGGGAAGUUAAUAAUGACUGCAGUGUACUUUUGAAAUGCAAGGUGGCUAACAUUAAAAAAGAGACAUCAAUCAUCUGGUACAAAGAUGAUAGAGAGAUAAUGUUUGAUGAGAAGCAUGACUUCAAGGAUGGAGUGUGUACUUUGCUGGUUCAACAGUUUUCAAAGAAAGACGCUGGUGUUUAUGAACUUGUGCUGAAGGACGACAGGGGAAGAGAUUCAAGUACCCUCCGGCUGCUUGAGAAAGCUUUUGGUGAUGUGAUAAGUGAAGUUUGCCGUGCGGCUGCUCAGACUGCAACAGAUCUGAAGGUGCAGAGUACAGAACAUGGUAUCAGAAUCUACUCUUUUGUUACUUACUACCUGGACGAUUUGAAGAUCAUCUGGUAUCACAAAGACACAAAGCUUGCAUCCACUGACAGGGUAAAGAGUGGUGUUACAGGAGAGCAGCUCUGGCUGCAGAUUAAUGAACCCACUGAGAAGGAUAAAGGCACUUAUACUCUUGAACUCUUUGAUGGAAAAGCAGGACACAAAAAAUCAGUUGAAUUAUCAGGGACAGUUUUUGAUGAAGCCUUUGCAGAAUUCCAGAGGCUGAAGCAGGCUGCAAUUGCUGAAAAAAAUCGUGCUCGUGUUAUUGGAGGUUUGCCUGAUGUUGUUACAAUUCAAGAAGGAAAGUCACUUAACCUUACUUGUAAUGUCUGGGGAGAACCUGUGCCUACAGUUUCCUGGCUGAAGAAUGAUAGAGAACUGCUAGGCGAUGCUCAUCUAAUAUUGAAAUUCGAAUCAGGAAAAUUUGCUUCCUUUACUAUCACCGAUGUCAGAACAACAGACUCUGGCAAAUACAGCAUCCUCGUAAAAAACAAAUACGGCACUGAAACGGGCGACUUUACUCUGAUGAUUUCCAAAUCCUGUGGAGAACUUUGCGUGGCUAUGUAUGUUGCUGAUGCUGCUGGCAAUGUCCAGGAAACUCUGACCAAAGACACAUCGAAGGCAACUGGAAGGAAAACUGUCAUUCAUGCAGAAAGAGAUUUGAAAGAGCCAAUUGUUGAAGAAUUUAUUGCAACUGAAGAAACUCCUGAUGUAACACUGAAUCCUGAACCACCUGAGGAUAUGGUUCCAAAUACAACUACAAAUAACGAAAUAGUUCACGAAGUCAAGAUCUCUGAGUAAAAUGAGCUGCUGUCACAAACUUAAACAGAAAUGCAAGAAACAUCAGAUUCAGAAACAUUUUAAAAUCCUAAUAAAUAAAGUGAUACAGUUGUAAAGUAUACACAGUACCACUGGAAUAUAUAUUUAAAAAUGAAGAAAGCUAAAUCAAUCAAAAAGUUUGUCAAUACUUCAUAUAGGACACAAACUCCAUAUCAGUAUGAAAUUAAUUACAAUAGUAUGUAUUUACAGAAGUGAAGAAGGCAUUAUGUAAAGUUCAGACCUUCCCUGUGCUGUGUUAACUCAUCAUUAUUAAAAUUCUGGACAAUAAAAUGUGAG